UAGUAGUCCAGAAUCAUCGUCCUAUCAGAAUCCAGUUAAGACUAAAAGGUGCAGUGAACCGACUCAGCGUUUGUUCAUUAGUAAUUAUACCAAGUAGGUGAAGCGGGACGGUUCUCUGUUGGUUUUAUACAGUGCGGUGUGUUAACGAAUCUUUCUUCCAAGGUGCGUACAGCYAACCAUCCAACAACCCAGCUAAUAGCCACAUGCACCUAGGAAUGAAGCGCGCAUACAGCGAAAGCGAAGAUGAAGAAGGGUACAGCUGGGAGAGGUGUUUAGAAGGAGAAGAUGAUGAGACAACAGCACGAAAGCGAAGGCGAGGGCUGAUCGAGAAAAAAAGAAGAGAUCGAAUCAACAGCUGUUUAACGGAGCUGCGUCGUCUUGUUCCUGCAGCAGUAGACAAACAGGGUUCGACAAAACUAGAGAAAGCAGAGAUACUUCAACUGACAGUGGAACACUUGAAGAGUGUUCGAAAACUCGCCAAACGAGAGACAGCCUCCAUCGAGGGCGCAGACUAUCGAGCAGCAGGAUUCAGGGAAUGUUUUUUCCAAGUGUCUCGUUACUUGCAGGGUUUCCGAGAUCCGAACUGCAAAGAAGAUCAAAAGGCACACCUUCUUAGUCACCUAAACACCAUCAUAUCACAUGGCGUGUGUCAGUCUCGACCUCCCAUGGCUUCAUCUGUUGUGUGGCCACGAGGGGUAUCGUCACAAGUCACUUAUCAUGACACUACAACUGUUCAUCCAUUGGCUACAGCUAAAAUAAGAACGGGAAAACCUUUGGCCAACACGUUGCACGAGAAUGUUGUUGUAAACAAGGACAAAUCAACGUUGAUUAAGAAUCAAAACAUGUUGAUCCGACCAGCAGUACCUGACCUGGGAGCUAGAUCAGUCGAGCCAAACCGCUAUUCUUUUACAAUGUAUCCACCCACCGCUCAUUGCACUAGAAAUGAUAAUCUAAUGAUUCGAUUUCCAUUUGUCCAACGCGAGGAUGAUGUGCUCAAGUCAGCUGAGCAAAUCAUGUUUGGGGCGGCGAACACUAAGACCAUAGGACCUGAUCAUUCUAUGAUCCAAUCUCUCUUCUGUCAAGGACCAUUUUAAAGCAGCAUGCACCACAGCCGGCAUCUGCACAAGACUAACAAGACUGGACUAUGCACCAAUCACGAAUUAAUCAGAGGAAAAGAGCAAACUGGUUUUGCACGUACUUUUCUGUCCAUAUGCACUUGACAAUCUAUUUAUGCAGUCAGCUUAUACAUUAAGAAAUUAGUAGUAUAUAUAAAUAUAUACAUAUACAUAUAUAUAUAUGUAUAUCACGAAAUAUUGCACUCCAACACGUCAUUUCACUAAUUCAAAUAUAAAAAAAUUCUUAAGCAUUAAAAGAUAAUUGUGGCAUGUUUUUAUAGCUGUGUUUAUGCGACUUACUGCGGCAAAGUAAUCAUAGAAAGAAGUGCUCUUCUAAACAAGCUAUGUGGGUUCGAUUUGCGGUAGUUAUCUUCCCUUAACGUAGUUCUUUGGCCCUCGAAUCUAGGUAACGUUAAAUACCUGUUGAGGCAUCUAACAUUUUAAAGCAAAAAGCUUAGUUACUCUCAGCACAUCAAGAACAUCACACGAACGAGACGCCAGCAUGCAUAAGAGCACACAGUUCUUUUCAACUCGUUUAACUACCUGGAUGAUGAUUUGCACUACAUUGAUACCCAUUAUAUAUGAUGGACGGCAGGUCAAGCAAACAAAUAAUUAAUAUGGAAAUCAAAAUCAAUAAUAUUUUUAAAAGGUUAAACGUAACGUCCCUGGGUGGGCUCGAACCACCAACCUUUCGGUUAACAGCCGAACGCGCUGACCGAUUGCACCACAGAGACCUGUUGUUAACAUGUAUAGAUUGUAAAGAUGAGAACUCGAUGUUUGACUAAUAAUCAUUAAUAAUAAACAUUAUUUAAAAGGUAAAAGGAAACGCAUAAACAUUCCCCUAGCAUAUUGAACGAACUCAUUAGCCGUAAAUCUUCUGUGGAACAUUUGAAAGCCACCCCUGGUUUUGAGACAUUUGGCAGAAUUUAGCCUGCGAUGCAUCCGGAAUUUUCUGUCGUAAACUUUACGAGUAAACGUUCGGAGGCACGCAGGCUAGCAGAAUUGGGAUAGGGGUAAAAUACAUGAAAAAGGCAUGGAUGUGGAAAAUAAAUUUCAUUAACUUCUUCUGAGUACUAAUAGUUACACAGAAACAAAAUGUUUUGAAAACUGCGAAAAAUUGUAUUUUCCAUUGUGUUUCCCGUAUAAACUAGCCGUGAUGACAUAUGAAACACAUAUAUAGGGAAUGCCCACAAAUAAAAGUGACUAAUGGACAUUCUUUUAAAAUGGCCUUCAAUUUCUUAAAUAUUUUGCUUACUCGCCUUACRAAUCUAAUGUAGAUAUACACAAGUAAAAAAGUGAAUCUUGUGCAAAUCUUUCUCUGAUCUUGUUUUUUYCCUAUCACUUUUAUCUUAAGUGGGCUCCCUGUGGUCAUAUGUGAUUGAGUAGAUUGCAUCAGAGCGUAACCUAAUGGAAACAGAACUCAUUUAAGGCUAUCCCAAGUGUGAGAAUAACAGGUCAAUGCAAAUGAAAUAUCUCCCAUUAUUACAUACACAAAAUAUUAWUUUUUUGAUUCUUCUGCUCCAUUUUUAUGAUGUUCUAUAGGUCUGGUAYCAGGAAGACUUGCUAAACAUCUCUUUUAUCCCCCACAAAAUAACACAAUUUUAGCCUGAUCAGUUCUGUAGCAUUUUUCAUAAUUUGURUAUACAAAACAUAUAUUAAAAUUGUGUCCAUAUUUGCUUUUUUCCAUCUGGUUUAACCCUCAAAUGAGUCUUAACUGGUAAUCUGUUGCUUGCUUGAUGAAAUGCCUCAACUGCUAAUGUUCCACUGUCACAGCUAUAUUCAAAAAGUAACUUCCCAGCCUUAACAUUAGCAACACGAUGAUUAAUCUUUCCUUUUCCUUUGCCCAUACGAGUGCCRAGAGGUUUCUUGGUUAUUGGUAUAUGUGCUUUGAUCAUAUUGAUUUGUUUCGUCUUGGCUUUUCUUAGGAUUGCAACUCUGGCAGACUCCAAGGCAUUUUCUCUUACAAGUCCUGGCCUWGCUGCAUAGAUUCCAUAUUUAARCUGAUCUCUGUACCUGUAAUGGACUGGCAGGUUAUUUUGAGACACACUACGAAUGCCUGACAACUGAACCUGAAACAUUAAAUCAUCAAAUCAAUAAAUGAUUAAUCUUAAUUAGUAAGUUACUGUGCAACUACACCGACCAAGGCCACCUAGACAAAUUUUCAGGCAAAUUGGCCAAUCACCAUUGAGUAUUUUUAAAAACAAUAYACACUAAUUUUCACAUUUUCCUCUAUAAAAUCAUAUAUUUUACUUUAUAUGAGUGUGUGUAUGAUCAGGAGUGAACAAGAAACAGUAUAAAAUCCAAAAUUCACAAAUUCAUCUGUUAUGCAGCAUUCAAAAUGUAAUUUGUGAAUUUGAUUUAAAAUUUGUUUGGGUGUCCUUGGUUGAUGUACUCAAUGAUGUACUCAAGAUUACUGUAAAAGUUCUUUUAACUUGUGAGGAGUAUAUAGGUCAAUAUGCAUAGUUUCCAUGGCCAUGCUUCAUCGAUGUACCUAUCUUUCAUUCACAUAUACCCUUCAGGUCCAUAUACAGUUUCUACUUACAAAUGCUCUCUGUAAUAGUGUACUGUGUCCUCUGAUGAACAUAUCAACAGACGUACGUAUUACCUGAAAGUAUGGAAAAAUAUUCAGGAGUUUUCAACAUUCAAAAUUCUCUUUUAUAAACUUGGCAAAAAUCAGAA